AUGAUAUUCUGGCUUUACGUAAAGUUAAAUCAAUCGAUUUAUCUAAUAAUCAAAUUGAAUCAUUACCCGGAUGAUGACUUUAUUAAACUUGAAGGUAUUCAUACACUUGAUUUAUCAAAAAAUCAUCUGACAAAGUUACCGGAAAAUUUUGGUCAGUUAAAAUCAUUAAAACAACUUGAUUUAUUCGAUAAUCAAAUUACAAAUUUACCACUUUCUUUUUGUGAAUUAACGAAAUUAGAAUAUUUGGAUUUAAAAAAUAAUCCUCUUGAUGCUGAUUUACAAAAUCAAUCUGGUAAAUGUUUAAAUAAAAAAGAAUGCCGAUUAUGUGCUGGAAAAGUUCUGCAAUAUAUUGAAACACUUAAAGCAGAAUAUGAAAAAGAACAAGCUAUUAAAUUAAAAAAGAAACAAGCAAAUGAAAAAGCGAAAGCUAAAAAACGUGAAAAACAAGUUGAAAAAGAACGAGAAGAAAAACGUUUGAAACGUAUUGAAAAUGCUCAAAAGCGAGUGCCAGAAAAGGAAAACCAACAAAAAGAAAUCAAUGAAAAUGAAAAUAAAAAUAAUGAAAAUAAAGAAAAUACUGAAACAAAAAAUAAUAAUGACGAUCAAGCAGAAGGACUUUUAUCACAAAUAAUUGAUGGUGCUCUCAAUGGUCUUUUACUUAGUAUUAUGAUAGUUUUUACUUGGGAAUUGUAUCAUAAUCGCCAACAGCCAAUUAAUGUGCUUGACUUUUACAAAUAUAUUUGA